AUGCCCUCUCCAUUCUUGACCCCCGGGUCCGUUGCGCAGGCCGACGACGUCGCGCUCUUGCAUCUGCGCCGCGACCAGACCAUCCCGACCAUCCUCCGCGCCACCGACGAUGAGAACCUAGGCUACAAGGAAGGAAAGGUCUCGAACACUCGUUUUGGCUCUUUCCCACACAGCACUUUGAUCAAUCAGCCUUGGGGCUCACAAAUCGUCGCCUCCAAGGUCGAUACGGGCUCCCGAGGCCGGAAGCCUAGCAACAAGCGCAAAGCUGAGGAACUCGAAGCAUCCGGCACCACGACAGGCGCCGAAGACAGUUCCUCCUUGAAGAAACCCGAGGCUGCCUCUAGUGGUUUCCUUCACCUCACCUACCCUACUCCCGAGUCCUGGACAUUGUCCCUUCCGCAUCGAACCCAGGUCGUCUACACCCCCGAUUACAGCUAUAUCCUCCACCGACUUCGCGCGCGUGCUGGUGGUACCGUUAUCGAAGCCGGAGCCGGAAGUGGCUCGUUCACUCACGCAGCCGUUCGCGCUGUAUUCAAUGGGUAUCCCAGCGAGAAGUCCGCGACCAAGAAGCGGAGGUUAGGAAAGGUGUGCAGUUUCGAAUUCCACGAGCAAAGAGCGGCCCGAGUAAAGGAGGAGAUUUCAGAACACGGUCUCGACGGUCUAGUAGAGGUAACGCAUCGCGACGUCUACGAGGAUGGCUUCCUGCUGGGCGACCCCAAGACCGGCCGGUCACCCAAGGCCAGCGCCAUCUUCCUGGAUUUGCCUGCUCCAUGGCUUGCUCUGAAGCACCUCGUCCGCAAGCCCGCUUCUGGAACAGAAUCUCCCCUCGACCCCUCCUCAACAGCCUAUCUGUGCACAUUCUCCCCAUGCCUGGAGCAAGUCGAGCGCACGGUCCGCUUGAUGCGCCAGCUGGGAUGGCUGGAUAUCUCCAUGGUCGAGGUCAACCACCACCGAAUCGAUGUGAAACGCGAGCGUAUCGGCCUAGACUGUGAGGGUGUCCGCGGAGCAACUGUGUUCCCCAAGUCUGUGGACGAGGCAAUGUCGAAGCUUUUAACCGACGAUGAACGAGCAAAGAGAUUGCGAACAGCCCAUCUAGAGGGCACCAGGGCCAACCUCACCGAGGAAGACACCACCAGUACCCCCAAGGACCAAACUGUGCCCACAUACAAUUUGGGUCGCCUGGUGCAUCGCACAGAGUCGGAGAUCAAAACGCAUACCUCCUACUUGGUAUUCGCCAUUCUUCCUCGAGACUGGUCCGAGGAAGACGAACAGAAAUGCCGACGAAAGUGGCCGUCAGAUAAGCUGGAGGCUGAAGAGAAGAUGGCUCCCAAGACCAGAAAGCAACAGAAGAAGGAGUUCAAGGAGCUGCGUCUUCGAGAACAACAAGAGGAGAAGGAGGAGAAAGAACAGCAAGCUACGGAGACGAGCGAGGCAUGA